CCUAAAUUUCAGAUGUGACAGUGUUUUUAUGAAUCGCUUCCACCAUGCCCGAAGGCGUAAUUAAACUAACCGAGAAGCAACUACUGGAAGUGGGAAAGCCAGUCGACUUCUCCUUCAAGCACCUCACCAGUUUGGAAGGUGUGGCGAUUGAAGGGCCACGUUCGCAGCGCAUCGGUCAAAUUCCAAUCCGCGGCGCCACGAGUCGGCGAUACUUAACCAGAGCCGUGUGGCUCAACAACAACAAGCUACCGAACAUACGGCACAUGGACGCGCUGAUAAAUUCGGCGCUCGAGGAUCCCUCCAAGCUCGGCUGGAUCGACUUCUCGUUCAAUUACAUAACCGAAAUAGACGAGUGCAUACUCAAAUUUCCCAAUUUGAGUAUCGUGUACUUUCACGGAAACCUAAUCAAGAAUGUGGACGAGGUUUUCCGAUUGCGGCCGUUAAGGCAAUUGAGAACGGUUACGUUCCACGGCAAUCCAAUUUCGGAAACUAGGGAUUAUCGUCACUAUGUCAUAACGUACUUGCCGCAGGUUCAAAAUUUAGAUUUUUCGCCAAUCACGAUAUUGGAAAGGCGCGAACCCAAGCCCCCAACUGCCGUCAAAAAGGUUUCCGCAACAGCCAAUAGUUAAUUAUUUUGUAAUGCGAAUCAUGCACGAUAAAUCUACGUAUUUUUUAA